CACAGGAACCCAGCAGCAGCAGCAGGAGAAGAAGAAGAGCAGCAGAACCGACAGUUUCACCACAACAGCUCUCAUUUCGCGUUUUUUGGAUUUAUUCCGGAUUAAAAUAAACCCGUUUGGGUCGAAGAACGCGAUGUUUUCCACCAUCGGAACCGACCUGACUUACACCAGCAUGGCUUCUCCUCUGAACCCUGCCCAGGAUUUUACGGACCUCGCAGUCUCAGGCUCGUCCUCCUUCGUGCCCACCGUCACGGCCAUCUCGUCGAGCCCGGACCUGCAGUGGAUGGUCCAGUCCGUGGUCUCGUCCGUGGCUCCGUCUGAGACCAGGGUUCAUCCCUACUCCUCCAACAUCACCACCUUCUCCAGAGCCAAAAUGGUGAAGACUGUGAGCGGAAACCAGGCUCCAAGCACCACCGGCCGCAGGGGCAAAAUCGAACAGCUCGCUCCAGAGGAGGAGGAAAAGAAGCGUCUUCGUCGUGAACGAAACAAGAUGGCUGCCGCUAAAUGCCGCAACAGGAGACGCGAGCUCACAGACACCCUGCAAGCUGAAACCGACAAGCUGGAGGAUGAGAAAUCAUCCCUGCAGAACGACAUCGCCAAUCUCCUGAAGGAGAAAGAGCGUCUUGAGUUCAUUCUGGCUGCACACCGGCCCAUCUGUAAGAUCUCGACCCAGAUGGACUCGUCCUUCACCGAACCCUGCGUCUCUCCAGCUUCGUCAGAGAGCGCGGUGACCUCUGGACCUUCCACUCAGACCACCACCAAUACGAGCGCCACCUCCUCUGUGAAGCUCUCAGACAUCGAGUCCACUCUAGAGGCUUCACUCGACCUUCUUACCAAAUCCGAGAUGGACACGGCGCGGUCAGUGCCAGACGUCGACCUGUGCAGCUCUCUGUACGCAGCUCAGGACUGGGAGCCACUUUACACGCCAGCUAACCUGGACCUGGAGCCUCUGUGCACGCCCGUAGUCACCUGCACACCCACCUGCACGUCGUACACAUCCUCCUUCGUCUUCUCGUACCCGGAGAGCGACUCCUUCUCCAGCUGCGGCCAGCUGCACCGUCGCGAAAGCAGUGGCAAUGAGCAGUCAUCGAACGAUUCGCUCAACUCGCCCACCCUGCUCACUCUAUAAGGGUGCCAAUACUUAUUAUCAUCCUCCUCCGCCUCACAUCAACACUGACCUUAAAGACUUAAACAAUGCAGGGCUACAGACUCCACUAAGCAAUCAUUUUUGUUGUUGUUGUUAUUACUGUUUAUUAUUAUUAUUACAUAUGAAUGAGCCUCUGAAACAUGUAGCAUGGUUUUUGUGUUUCGUUAUGCAGACAAUGUGUAGAAAAUAAAUAAAUAACUUCAUUUAUGGUGCUCGAUAAACCGUAACGUGGUCUCAGCAAUAUUCAGCCACCUGGUGUGAAUGUGUGCGUUUUCUUUAUCUAGCCGUCGUGCUACUCUGCAAACAUUACUUUAAGUUUUCUGUGAAAACAUUUGUCUUAACAAUAAUUUAUGGAUUUUUAAAAAACUAAACUAUUUUUGUACUGGAAUGUGACGUGAAAGCAAAUUACCUGUUUGCAAAAUAAAAAA